UUCCCAAUCCAGUGAAAGGCAGGUCAUCUUCGCAUAUGGCCUUCUUGCACCCCACAUUACACUCCAUGCAUGAAGGGGGUAGAAAAAACUCUAUCAUAAGUCAAGUUUGGCUGCUCCAAUGAACACAUCAAAGAAAGACUUAGACUGAAAAUGGAACUCAUGAAUCACAGUUUUCUUCCUUCUCUAGUUGUGCUCUAGAAUCCUCUUGAUCAUCAAAAGCUAAUGGGUGGGAUUAAUAACCCAUCUGGUGCUCUUUUUGCGCUUGUUUAUUCUCUCCUCUUGGCUUCUUUGCCAUUGAUCGAUGCCCAAAUUGUGGGGGAGUAUUCAGUCACCAACCUUCGGGCUUCAUGGGAUGACAUACCCGAAUUUUACAGCUCUGCUGACGGUAAGUUCAUUCUCAAACCCAUCCUCAUCAGAACAAAUCCUGGAGUUGGUUUCGUCUCCGGCUUCUGGUGCAGUGUCUUCUUCCGUAAUUGCCUCUUUUCCAUCUUAAUCUUUCCAAGCGCAGACUAUUUGCAGCCGUCGGACAGGGGUCUAGUUUGGUCUGCAAACCGGAACAAACCAGUCCGGUAUAACGCAACCUUGCGAUUCACGGAGCAUGGGGAUUUGAUUUUGGCAGACGAUGAUGGCAGUUUAGUCUGGUCUACAAAGACAGGAGGAAAGUCCGUAUCUGGCUUAAACUUGACUGAAGAGGGAAAUCUAGUGCUCUUCGAUCGAGACAACAAGAGGGUUUGGCAGUCUUUUGAUCACCCAACUGACACGUUACUUCUUGGGCAAAAUUUGGCUCUUGGGAACAAGCUGAUCGCCAAUGUGUCGUCGUCAAACUGGAGUGAAGGUACUUUUACGCUUGAUGCUCAACGUGAUGCUUUGUACGCUUACACAGACUUGAAUCCACUCCGGUACUAUUAUGGGUCCCUUCUAAAUUGGAGUACUACGCCGCAUCUUCGAUUUCAGAAUGGAAGUUUCAAUGAGUUGUCAAUUCCUCCUGCAUCAUCACCCGCUCAGUUCAUGAAGUUGGAGCCUGAUGGUCAUUUGAGGGUUUACCAAUGGGUAGUAGGUGAUGAUACUGACUGGAAUGAGGUAGCCGAUCUGCUGACACCGGCUGUUGGUGACUGUGGGUAUCCAUUUUCGUGUGGAAAAUACGGCAUUUGUUCAAACGGGCAGUGUAGUUGUCCUCCUGGAGAAGCCAAAAAUGGAACAAGCCUUUUCAGGCAAGAAAACUCUAGGCAACCCAACCAAGGAUGCUCCCCAAUUACUCCCAUUUCGUGCAACUAUUCUAAAUACCAAAGCCUUUUGGAGCUUCAAAACACUAGUUACUCCAACUCCUAUCGGUUUGUGUACGAGGAGAAAGAGUUAGAGGAUUGUAAGAAAGCAUGUUUGCACAACUGUUCGUGCAAAGCCUUUCUAUUCCAAUAUGAAAGUGCGCUAAGUUGCUUAUUACUUUCGGAUGUCCUUACUCUUGUAAUCCGAGAGGCUGACAUGUUUUACAACAUCAGUACAUUCCUUAAAGUGCAGAGCAAUCCUACAGUAGUUCCGGAAAGUCCCGAUCAAAAAAGUCCUUCAGUAGUAGUUCCUUCCUCCAAAAAAUCAAGACCAGUUGCGGACAUAUUGAGAAAAUCCGGCAUAGGAGCAUUAUUAGGUGUGGUUUUGAUAGCUGUUUCCUUUCUCCUUUUCCGUUACGGAAAGCGCAUGGAAUCCAAGGAACUUGAAGAGAUUAAUCUCGACCUCGUACCAGGAAUGCCUUCUAGAUUCUCUUAUGAAGACCUGAAAACGAUGACCAACAAUUUCAAUAUCAAGCUUGGCCAAGGAGGGUUCGGAUCUGUCUUUGAAGGGACACUAAGCAGUGGCACCAAAGUAGCAGUGAAGCGUCUCGACGGCUUAGGUCAAGUUAAGAAUUCAUUCUUAGCUGAAGUUGAGACAAUAGGCAGCAUUCAUCAUUUCAAUUUGGUGAGGUUGAUUGGAUUUUGUGCUGAGAAAACGUUUAGGCUUCUAGUUUAUGAGUACAUGCCUAACGGAUCAUUGGACAAAUGGAUCUUCUGCAAGUCCAAUGAGCUCACUCUUGGGUGGCAAUCCAGAAGAAAAAUCAUCUCAGACAUAGCCAAGGGAUUAGCCUAUCUCCAUGAGGAUUGCAGACAGAAAAUAAUUCAUUUGGAUAUCAAAUCCCAAAACAUCCUCUUAGAUGAAAAUCUGAAUGCAAAAGUUUCAGAUUUUGGAUUGUCAAAGUUAGUUGACAAGGAUCAAAGCCAAGUUGUAACAACAUUGAGGGGAACCCCAGGAUACUUGGCUCCUGAAUGGUUGAACUCGAUUAUCACAGAAAAAGUAGAUGUCUACAGUUUUGGUGUCGUGGUAUUGGAAAUCUUGUGUGGCAGGAAAAACUUGGAUCGGUCUCAGCCUGAGGAAGAUAUGCAUUUACUCGCUCUUUUCAAGCGAAAAGCAGAAGAAGGAAGGCUACCAGAUAUCAUAGACAAACACCAUGACGAAAUGCAACAACAUGAAGCAGAAGUUGUAGAGAUGAUGAAGAUUGCUGCGUGGUGUCUACAAAGUGAUUUUGUCAAGAGGCCUCCUAUGUCCGUGGUGGUUAAGGUUUUGGAAGGCUUGGUCGAUGUUGAAACCAACUUAGACUAUAACUUCACAAAUCUUGCGAUACCAAGAAAAGUUGGGGCAGCAGGUCUAAACGAGGAUGUCGUCCAUGCUGCUACUAUGUUGUCGUCAUCAACAUUAUCAGGACCGAGGUAAAACAACAAAAAUUCCAAUAGAUGCAUUAAGAAGGAUCUGUCAUAAUGACAUAAUUUCAACUGUUUUCUUGUUUUAUUUUGCUUUUAUGUGAACUUGCAAGUUUUAGCAUUUUACGAUAAGAACAUAACUAUUUCAGGCACCCCUGCAGCAUGUCAAAGUGUUGUAAUCCUCUGAUUCCAAGUUAAAUAACAAUUGGACACACCAAAAAUUUAUGUUUGAUUGCAUGGAAGAUU